AUGGCCACCAAGAAGUUAAAGGACAAAAAGCUUAAAGAAAAGCUAGUCGCGCGGCGUUCGUUAGUGUCGUCACUCGAAACGGUCGAGGCGUUCGUCGAGAAUUACGAAGAGGACCGUGAUUUUCAGCAAGUGGCCGUGUGGUUGGACCUGCUAGACCAAUUGUUUCGCGAUCACGUGAAGGUCCAGGCGGACCUCGAAAAGCUCGACAGCGGAGACGCCCCGUUAGUGAAACACCUCCAAGAACGCAGGGAGUUCGAAUCGCGAUUUUGUGCUGCCAAAGGCUGGUUGCUUAAUAGGAGAGUGGCCGACCUGAACGCCACGAUCAACGCUCCAGGCACUGCUCCCCCACCGUCAACCAACUUCCAUUUGCGGCUGCCGAAGAUAGAUCUGCCAAAGUUUGACGGCGAUUAUUCUCGGUGGCUGGGAUUUCGUGAUACCUUCAAGUCCAUGGUGCACGAUGCCCAUGAUAUUCCGCUGGUUGCCAAGCUGCAAUUCUUGCUCCAGUCUUUAGAAGGUGAUGCGCGAAAACCUUUCGAAACGGUGGACAUUGUGGGAGCCAAUUACGUCACCACCUGGGAGGCCCUCCUCAAGCGCUACGAUAACAAGCGCUUUCUGAAGAAGCAGCUGUACCGGACCUUGCACGACCUCCCACCAAUCCGGAAAGAAUCAGCACAGGAUCUCCACAACCUUGUUGACGAGUUUCAACGCCACGUCAAGGCGUUGGGAAAACUGGGUGAAGCCGUGGAAACCUGGGAUACCCCGCUGGUGUGUAUGCUUCCCUACAAGAUCGACCCAGCUACCCUUCGUGCGUGGGAAGAGCAUGCUGCAACAUCAGACGACGUUGGGUAUGAGGCAUGCAUCGAGUUCCUGUAUCAAAGGGUGCGGAUUUUGCAGACCGUUUCCUCGGAAAUUCAACAUCGGUCACAAAGUGGACCGGUCAAGGUGGCCGGUUCACAAUCCUUCUCCAAGAAACCCUCCCCUAGCAAAGCGGUUGCGAAUACCGCUUCUACAACGAGCUCUCGGCCAACACCUCCUUCGUGCAUUGCGUGCUCGGAGAAACACCUGUUGUUCCAAUGUCCGUCGUUCCAAGGAAUGGCCGUCGGACAGCGUCGAGAACUCAUCUCCCAGAAGCGGCUUUGUUGGAAUUGCUUCAAAUCCUCCCACGUCGCACGGAAUUGCGACUCGAAGCAUACCUGCCGGCAUUGCCAUGAGCGGCACCACUCGUUGUUGCAUCAAGCACCGAAUCCAAGUAAGUCUACCUCCAAUCCUGUAGUUCAGCAUCCGAACCAGUCUGUGCCCCAGCAAGAAGCCUGCAACGGAUCGGACAUUCCUUUGGCUGAAGUUAGCGUUCCCGCUCAUCGAAGUGCUCCAAGUACUGUUUUCCUCGCCACGGUUGCACUCUGGAUCAAAGAUCGAUUCGGGAAACAUCACUCUGCCCGAGCAUUGAUCGACUCCGGGUCGCAGUCGAACUUCAUUUCGAAGAAACUUGCCCGUCGCCUUUGUCUGCGGCCAGAAAGAGUCAGCGUCCCUAUCACCGGCAUCGGUGAAGCAAUUGUGACGGUAAGCCAAUCCGUCGUCUCCACCAUCCUUUCCAAGAAUGACAAGUUUUCCGAUGAGCUGGAGUUCCUGGUUAUUCCGAAGCCCACCGCGGAGCUUCCCUCAACCAACGUCGACGUCUCCUCGUGGAACAUUCCCACGAACGUGGCCCUUGCCGACCCUACGUUCAACGUUUCGGGUCCCAUCGACUUGUUACUGGGCUCAGAACUGCUGCAUGAGUACCUGAAGUGCGGCAGAAUAUUCCUCGGCGAAGGCUCGCCGGUUCUGUUCGAGACUGUCUUUGGAUGGGCCGUCAUCGGUCGCUGGUACGGCUCAACUGUACCCUCAUCUCCAGUGUGUAACACCGCCGUUUCCCAACGUAGCCUAGAAUCAUUCCUAGAAAAGUUCUGGGAACUGGAAGCUGUAGAGCCAGGCCGGCUGUUUACAGCAGAAGAAGCUUCUUGUGAGGAGCUGUUUGAAUCCACCACCACACGCAACCCAGAUGGGCGAUACGUCGUCCGACUUCCAAGAACGGAUGAUUCAAGUGUUCGACUCGGCGAAUCUAGGGACAUUGCCGAAAAGCGACUGCUGAGUAUCGAGCGCCGAUUGCAGCGGGAUGAAACAACCAAGGCUGCGUACCACGAGUUCAUGGACGAGUAUUUGCGACUCGGCCACAUGCGGAGGAUUGCUGAUCCACCGAAUGACACCAUCGACCACUGCUACCUGCCGCACCAUGCGGUCUUCAAAACCUCCAGCACCACGACCAAAACCCGCGUCGUAUUCGAUGCGUCUUGCCGCACUGCAUCUGGUCAUUCGCUCAACGAUACUUUGCUUGUCGGGCCGGUGGUGCAAGAGGACCUCCUGUCCAUUGUCAUGCGUUUUCGGUCCAAACCGAUUGCGCUGGUGGCGGACAUAGAGAAAAUGUACCGCCAAAUAGAAGUCCACCCUGAAGAUCAGCCGCUGCAACGAAUCCUCUGGCGGAAAACCCCGUCAGACCCCAUCUCUACCUACGAACUACGGACGGUCACGUACGGGACCGCUUCUGCGCCCUAUCUUGCCACCCGCACCCUCAAGCGACUCUCCCAGGAUGAAGGCGAAAUGUUUCCGUUGGCCAAGACUGCUGUGGCCGAAGAUUUUUAUGUUGACGACUUCAUCAGCGGCGCCGAAGAUGUUUCAACUGCUCUCCAAGUUCGCCGACAAACAAGCGCCAUGUUAAGUUCCGCUGGAUUACCAUUGCGGAAGUGGGCGUCCAAUUCGUCAGAAGUGCUGGCGGAAAUUCCUGAGGCUGAGCUUGGAAUUCAGCCAUUCUACGAUCUCUCCGACAACCAGUCGGUAUCCACGCUCGGACUUGUCUGGGAACCUAGCCCCGACAUCCUUCGAUUCAACAUCAAUCUGCCGUUGCCGGCGGCUAUUCUCUCCAGGCGAAUCGUCCUUUCCUACAUCGCCCAAAUCUACGACCCGCUAGGCCUUGUGGGCCCCGUGAUUUCCGCUGCCAAACAAUACAUGCAGCGCCUGUGGUCGUUAACCACGAAGGACGGAAAGCCAUAUUCCUGGGAUCAACCGCUUCCCGAGAAACUGCAGCAAGAGUGGAAGGAGUUCCACGCCACCUUGAACCUUCUACGCGAUAUCCAAGUCCCCCGUUUUGCUUCGGUGGCCGGAGCAACCUGUCUUCAGCUACACUUCUUCUCGGACGCGUCUGAGAAGGCCUACGGCGCGUGUGUAUACGUGCGCUCUGAGGACACCGACGGCAACGUGUUCGUUCAACUUCUAGCGGCCAAAUCGAAGGUCGCCCCGCUGAAAACCCGGCACACCAUCAAUCGUUUGGAGCUCUGCGGAGCACUUCUAUCGACUCAGCUCUACAAAAAGGUAAUUGCUUCCCUGAAAACGAAUGCCGAUGUAUUUUUCUGGGUAGAUUCUACGACGGUGCUUCAAUGGCUGAAGUCGUCGCCCUCCGGGAAGACGUUCGUAGGCAACCGCGUUUCCUCCAUCCAAGAAUCGACGAUUGGUUGCCCCUGGAAUCAUGUUCCGGGAAAGAAUAAUCCGGCCGACGACAUCUCUCGUGGCCUUACCCCGGGCGAGCUUCUCCAUCAAGACCGUUGGUGGACCGGGCCUGAAUGGCUCAAACUCAAAGGUGAAUGCUGGCCAAAUCAACCCGUUGAUGCUGCAUCAUCGUCCAAAGCGUUCGUCGAAGAGCGAAAACAAUGCCUGGUGUCCCUCAAGCCGGUGAACGACCCGUUCAGCGACCUGCUGUUCAGCCGCUACUCCUCGUAUACCCGAUUACGGCGGGUCAUGGCCUAUGUUCUCCGGUACAAACGGGCUCUGCACGCAUCGGCGGCCAGGUCCCGCCCAAGUGGUGCGUGUGCGUCAUCGCCAACGGAUCCCUACGAAGCAUCACCGUACUUGACUGCCAGCGAGUUGCAAGCAGCAGAACGUUCUCUGUGCCGACUUGCUCAGCGUCAAUCGUUCCCUAUGGAGCUAAGUGCUCUGAACAACGGUCAAUCGGUCGACAAAUCGUCUCCCAUGAAGUGGAUCAAGCCCGAAAUCUCCAACGAUGGCCUGAUCCGGGUCGGUGGCCGAAUCCGUUACGCUGAAGCCCCCGAAUCAAUGAAGCACCCCAUAGUCCUCACCAAGAAGCAUCGGUUGGCCUUUCUAUUGGCGGAUCAUCAUCACCAAACCUUGCUGCAUGCGGGGCCGCAGCUAAUGAUGACCACCAUCAAGCAAAAAUUCUGGCUGCUCGGUGGUAGAGAUCUGCUUCGCCAAGUGUACCAUCAGUGCCAUACGUGCUUCCGCCGUAGGCCCUCCCUGAUCCAGCAAGCAACUGCAGACCUACCUAGCGCCAGAGUAAGCCCAUCCCGCCCGUUUGCUGUCUCCGGGGUCGAUUAUUGCGGCCCGGUGUACCUUCGUGCCCCACAUCGAAGAGCAAGUCCUACCAAAGCAUACAUCGCAGUGUUUGUGUGCUUCUCCACCCGCGCCGUGCACUUGGAGCUCGUCGGGGACCUCUCAACGGCGGCAUUCUUGGCUGCCCUCAAACGGUUCGUUGCGCGGCGUGGCAAGGUGUCCGAAAUCCACUCGGACAAUGCCACAAACUACAAGGGAGCCGCCAACGAACUAAAUCAACUCUACAAGCUGCUAAAAUCCGACGAAAGCAGCCGAAAACUCAUAUUUGACUGGUGUGCCAACUCGGAAAUCGCGUGGAAAUUCAUCCCGCCGCGUGCCCCCCACUUUGGCGGCUUAUGGGAGGCGGCGGUAAAAUCCACAAAAAACCACCUCCUCAAAGAAGUCGGCAACACCACUGUUUCGUAUGAAGAAAUGUUGACGCUACUCAACCAGGUCGAAAUGUGUUUGAACUCUCGGCCUAUCACGGAGCUCUCCAACGAUCCUUCUGGUUUGGAGGCCCUCACGCCGGGCCACUUUUUGGUCGGGACGAACCUGCAAGCUAUACCGGAAAAAGACCUCAAGCAAACACCAGACAACAGACUCAACCGGUGGCAACUGGUGCAGAAAAGACUUCAGGCUAUUUGGAAGCGCUGGAGCACCGAAUAUCUGCAGCAACUUCAAGCACGUUCGACGAAGGGCAUCAAAUCAUCGGUCGACAUUCAAGUUGGCAGACUAGUGAUCGUGAAGGACGACAAUCUGCCUCCAGCUCAGUGGCCCCUGGGCCGUAUCACCAGCAUCCACCCUGGACCAGACGGGAUUGUAGGCGUUGUUACACUUCGAACGGCAACAACCAACAGCAUGACGCGUCCAGUCGCCAAGUUGGCCUUCCUGCCGAUGCCAGCAGACGACGUCGAGGACAGAGCAGAUGCAGAUAAGUGA